AUAGGUUGCGGUCUAAUUGUCUUGGACGGAAUAUCUCGUACACGCGAAAAGGAAAUUAAUUUUUUUUUUUUAUAAUGAAUUUUACUUUUUUAUAAAAUAAUUAUACGGUACUUGACUCCACGAAUAUAGCAUUGCUCAAAGUUUCAUUGUACACUCGAUUAUUUCUAGCAUCCUCAUUCUUAAGGCAUCUUUCUUUCGGUAACUACAAUUUGCGGUGCUAGUUGCUGCAUGUUAGUGAGGGAUAUGGGUAUUGAUGGUACGAAGCCAUUCCUCUUAUUUGUUCUGCUUCUACUCCUCAGAGCAUGCUUCACCAUUAGUGCAGAUGAUACCCUUUCGAAAGGUCAGUCCCUUUCGGCGAUAAAAACCGACAGCAUCUCAUCUAAUGGCGGCCAAUUUGAACUCGGAUUCUUUGAACGAGGUACUCCUCCAAAUUUCUACCUGGGGAUAUGGGUUAAACGCAUAGUGGGCCAGAGGAUUGUUUGGGUAGCAAAUAGAGAAAACCAUUUGUCCGACCCUUAUACUUCAAGACUCGAAUUCUCAGAGGAUGGCAAUCUUGUCCUUCUUGAUGCUUCCUCCAAGAAACCAUUUUGGUCCACAAGUUUGCCGAAUCUUCCCUCAAAUUCAACUGAAGCAGCACUUCUUGAUGAUGGAAAUCUUGUUUUAAGAGAUAGAUCGGACCCUUCUACUCUAUUUUGGGAGAGUUUCGACUACCCAACUGAUACAUGGCUGGCAGGUGGAGCGCUUGGGAUCGAUAAAGCUGGAAAAGUACCGAAGCAACUUAUUUCAUGGAAAAAUUCAGAAGAUCCAUCACCGGGUCUGUUCUCAUUAUCGUUGAGGAAAGACCCAAAUGGAAGCAGUGAUAUUAUCUUGGAGUGGAACAGGUCCCAAGUUUAUUGGAGUAGUGGAGUUUGGGAUGGAAAAGUUUUCACCUUGGUUCCUGAGAUGACAUUUAAUUCUAUAUAUAACUUCAGUUUUGUGUCAAAUGAAAAUGAAACCUAUUUCACUUACUCUCUUUAUAAUGCUUCUAUCCUGUUGAUGUUUUCGGUUUCUUAUAGAGGACAGAUCCAGCAACUUUCGUGGGUGUACACCGUUCAGUCCGUUGAGCCGUGGUUUCUAUUUUGGAGUCAACCAAAAUUACGAUCUGAAGACUAUGCUCUGUGUGGUCCAUUUGGCAUAUAUCAGGGUAAUACAUCUCAGCCUUGCGAUUGUCCAAAAGGUUUUGAACCAUUUUCAGAUAAUCAGACCAGACUAAACGACUGGUCCGGUGGUUGUUUGAGGAGACAGCAUUUGCAAUGUGAAAAUCUUAAUGCCAAAAACGAUUGGUUCCAAAAAAUACCCAACAUCAUAUUGCCAAUUAACUGGAAAGCAUAUUCGGCAAUGAGAGCCCGGAGAUGUAAAUUAGUUUGCAUGAAUAAUUGUUCUUGCACAGCUUAUACUCAUAACAGCAGCGGGUGUCUGAUAUGGGAAGGAGCUCUUUUGAACAUGCAACGACCCUCGGAUAGUGGAAAGGUUGGACAAGAUAUAUAUCUCAGACUAGCUGCUGAUGAGCGUCAAAUUAGUAACAAAGGAACCAAAUGGAAAGUAUGGGUGAUUGUAGCUGUGCUGGUAGCUUCAACAGGGCUAAUCUUAUGCCUAUCCGUUUGUUUCUCAAUCAAGAGAAAGCUCAAACACAAAGGAGAGACGGCAGCUUCAAGCAAUGAUCUAAUGUUAUUUGAUCUUAGUACUGAAACUCAUGCAAUCAGUGAUGGAACAAACAGCCAAGAUAAUGAUAAGAAAAGAGGAAAGAAGGAUGUUGAGUUACCGCUAUUCAGUUAUGAAAGCGUAUUAGCUGCAACCGAUAAUUUCUCAACUGCAAAUAAGCUUGGAGAAGGAGGUUUUGGACCUGUCUAUAAGGGGAAGUUACUUAAGGGGAAGGAAAUUGCAGUGAAAAUGCUUUCAAAAAGAUCUGGACAGGGGCUUGAGGAGUUUAGAAAUGAGACAACACUAAUUGCAAAACUUCAACAUAGAAAUCUUGUCAAACUCUUGGGUUGCUGUAUUGAAGGAGAUGAGAAAAUACUAAUAUACGAGUACAUGCCCAAUAAAAGUUUGGAUUUCUACCUUUUUGAUCUAGCUAAGAAAAAAAUGUUAGAUUGGGAGACACGCAUUCACAUUAUUGAAGGGAUUGCUCAAGGACUUCUGUAUCUUCAUCGGUAUUCAAGAUUAAGAAUUAUACAUAGAGAUAUGAAACCCAGUAACAUUCUUUUGGAUAGUGAAAUGAACCCGAAAAUAUCAGAUUUUGGCAUGGCUCGAAUAGUUGGAGAUAAUGAAAUACAAGCAAACACAAAUCGGAUUGUUGGAACUUUUGGCUACAUGUCUCCCGAAUAUGCUAUGGAGGGUCUGUAUUCGAUAAAGUCUGAUGUGUUUAGCUUUGGAGUAUUGCUACUCGAGAUUGUGAGUGGGAAGAAAAACACAGGCUUUUAUAACCAUGGGUCACUCAAUCUUCUUAGAUAUGCUUGGGAGUUGUGGAGAGAUGGUCAAAGCUUGGAGUUGAUGGAUUCAACGAUAGGGUAUCCAUCUUCCACUUCUAUUCUGGUGAGAUACAUUAACAUCGGGCUACUUUGUGUUCAAGAAAGUCCAGAUGAUCGACCUACCAUGCUUGAUGUGGUCUCAAUGAUGAGUAAUGAAUAUGUACCUCUACCUACACCCAAGCAACCUGCUUUUACAGCUAGCCGGAAUUUGAUGCACACGAAUCCAACAGUUAACUCUGUAGAGAAUUGCUCAAUAAACAGUGUAACUGUUUCAGUAAUGGAGGCUCGAUGAGUACUACCAUAUCGUUUAUUAAUUAAUUGUGAAAGCUGCCACGUCAACCCGUCUUGAAUGUUUGGCUAAAAGUUCAAUCGUGGCUGCUUAUAUCUGACGAUGUAAUGCUCUCGGGAACAUUUUGUUGUUUGACCAAUUUAGAGCUGCAACAGCUAAGAGCUCCAGCACUGAA